UCCGAGUUUGACAAGAGAAGGAAAAUCGAAAGCUACUCAAAAAUAAAAAAAAAUUCAGCCUGAAAAAGCUGAAAUUUUUCAUGAAAUUCAAUCCUAGUCCGUGAAAAAUCGUUCGCAAGUGUGCUACGUGCAUCGGGGAAUUGAAAAAUGACCGUGUCCCGUGGGAAUUUUGAAUUUACGCAGUGGAAUUGAGUGAUUUUUUCAGGAAUUUGUUUGGAUUCUUCUGGGAGAACUGAAAAGUUCAACAAGAAAACGGGAUUUUAGAAGCUUUGGCUCCUAGUUGGAUGGCAAGAAAAAUCACAGGAUACCUAACUACAUUGCGGUCCAUUGAGGAAAAACAAUAAUCUGAAAAUAAAAAUGCCUUUAUCAACCCCUAGACAAAUCAACAAAGAAUCCAAACCGAGCGUCAGCAAGCCACGGACCUAAUUUCCGAAAAUUAACGAGUUUCAAAAAAAAAAAUUAUCUCGUCAAUUUCCGCCAUCGUUCGCCGAUUAUCGGCGCGCCUCGUCUACCACGGUGACGUCAUCAUCACCCAAUAUGGCGGCCACGGCGAGGCGCCGUCCAGGGACGAGCAGCGAUUCGUCCGAGGACGAUAUCGCUGCCAUUGCCAAACAGAUUUCUGAUACUGCCGAGGUGAUUUAUCAGAACUGGAAGUCGAGAAAUUUGGCACCUGCUGAUCUCAUCACUUGUCAUGGUGCAGAAGAUACUUUGAAACUAGGCUCUAUGUUGAAACCCCAACCGCCGGCCAAGCCAUCCAUAGACCUGCUGGUGCAGGCGCCCAACAUGGACAAUAAUCGUCUGGAAAAACUGGUCAAAAAUUUCGUACACGAAGACAAAGCCAGGUUGGCAGCUCAGGCUGCUGCCAACAGAACUGCCAAACCUAUGCCUAGCAGUAUCCAGUAUGCCUUGCAGAAAUUUGAAAAGGGUUCGGUCGUCGAGAAUGGAUUUGGACCGAAGAAAAUUGGCAAUCAGGUGGGGAAAAAGGUUCCUGGAUAUGGACAGGUGACUGCUGAACAGCCUUAUCAACCACCACCACCAUCAUCACUCAAACCAACCAUCGGACAAAAACCUCAAAUAUCACCAAAACCAGCGCACCUAUCAGAAACCAUAGAAAUGACACUACCUCCCGAUCUAAUUCCUUCAGGACUACAAACAUGGCCACUCAAAAACCGAGUCAUCGGCACUGAUAACGUGGUGAAAAAGACUGGAGGACACUCGCCGACUACACCCAACAGUCACUCGCCAGUUAGUCAACCAAAUCAGUACAGUCCUACCUAUAGGGAAAGUAGUCAAGUCUUGAGGUCUAGUGGUACACAACUGGCAAGGACGUAUAAUGCUUUGCCUUCAAAGACAGGAAAAACUACUAUUGAUGAGGUGGCACUUGAAGAAAAAAGGCUCAUAAACGCUCUCAAAAACGGUGACGUUGUAAACGAGGAACCUGUUAUAACUCAAAUACCUACAAAACACAUAAUCCGAGAACCGGAACGGACUUCAGAAGGUACCACCAAAUGGGGAUUAAGAAGUACACCAAAGAGACCUGAACAACAGGUACCGCAUCCUGAAUUAACUUCAAGCCAAAGACUGCACCUACGUCAAUCGGCGGCCAAUCCUGUUAGGCCGUUUUUGACGCGGGGUUCCGUAGCUGAGAGGGUGCUGAUUUUCGAACGGUGCCCCAGCGAUUUGUUGCUGGAUAAACGGGUGCGGGCGCCCGUGCCACAGAUUAACAAAUCACAGCCUUUACCAAAACAACCCUCACUCCAACACACAACUUUACAAAGGCACGUCAGAGCUCAUCGAAACGUCAAUAUUCCCAAAUUUCACUAUCCAACAGGCAAACCUGUUUCACCCGCUCAAAUGGAAGCGAUUAAAGCCACAGUUAAGGCAGCCUUUAUUGGAAUCGGCGAUAGAGCGUCCAGAGAACAUUUCGGUGCCAUUGUUCAAGCCUGUCAGCUACCGCUCUACUGGAAAACUCCUGUAUUCUUAGCAGCAUGUGCGGAUAAAGGUGCCUGCAGCUUAGACCAAUUUAUGACGUUUUGGCAAGCUAUGACUCAAAAUUGUCACGAUGCCGCGUCUCGUUUCAUUUAUAUUCUUACGAGGGGCCGGCGACAGUAUUUAGUUCCUGAAGAUUUCAUUCCUCUUGUCCAGGACGUUGUCGAGACUCAUCCUGGACUUACUUUUUUGAAGGAAGCCACUGAAUUCCAUUCGAGAUAUGUGCAUACUGUCAUAGCCAGAAUAUACUACUGUGUCAAUCGUUCUUGGUCAGCCAAAAUAUCAAUAGCGGAGCUCAGGAGGUCAAAUCUUUUGGGCAUCAUUCAGCUUUUGGAAGAAGAAGAGGACAUCAAUCAAAUUACUCAGUAUUUUAGUUAUGAACAUUUUUACGUUAUUUAUUGUAAAUUUUGGGAACUGGACAGAGACCAUGAUCUAUUUAUUGAUAAACAAGAUCUUACACGGCAUAACGAUCAUGCUCUGUCCUCUCGUAUCAUUGACCGUAUAUUUUCUGGUUGCGUGACAAGAGGCAACAAACGUCAACACGAAGAAAAAAUGUCCUACACCGAUUUUGUUUGGUUUCUGCUCAGUGAAGAGGACAAAUUGCACCCGACAGCCAUUGAGUACUGGUUCCGUUGUAUGGAUCUGGAUGGCGAUGGGUACUUGUCCAUGUACGAGCUAGAGUACUUUUAUGAGGAACAAAUGCAGCGAAUGGAAAGUAUCGGGAUUGAAACUUUACCUUUUCAGGAUUGUCUUUGUCAAAUGCUGGACAUGGUAAAACCAAAGAUCGUUGGAAAAGUGGCACUGAGCGAUCUGAAAAAAUGCAGAAUGACGCCAAUUUUCUUCGACACAUUCUUCAAUUUAGAAAAAUAUUUAGAUCACGAACAGAGAGAUCCUUUUGCAUCGCAGAGGGACCACGACAUUGACGGAAUGGAAAUGUCCGAUUGGGACAGGUACGCUGCUGAGGAGUACGAACUGUUGGUGGCAGAAGAAGGAGGCAAUGAUCCGAAUGACAGCAUCUCAUCCGAUGAAGGCAACGAAGAUCUUCUUUCAGAAAAUCUAGAAGGCGCUCUGGAACUGUCGGAUGACAGCGAUUGUAGUAUCUAGCAAGUCUGAUAAUGAUUUUUGAUGAAUUUUUGAGUCUCAAUCCAUAGAAAAUAAAAAGUAUUUUUUGGCAAAUUAUGUAGCAAACUAUUCUUAAAGUGCUGCUUAGGAGAGUCCCUAGAUGAAUGUUUAGUAAUGGCGCAUAUGUUAGGAAUUACAAAAUACCUCUUUGUGUGUGUCUAUGCUGCCAGAUUUAGGAAUUGUGGACCUCUGCCUUUAUUUUAUAGGUAGUUUACCUAAAUCCUAAUAAUAUCGUAAUAAUUCUUACCCCAAAGCACAAAUUGAUAAUAUUAAGAGUGUGAUUUUUUCUAUUUAAAGAAAAAUACUAUUUUGUAUUUUGAACUAGGAUUUGAAUAACCUAGCAAGACAGCUAACCUAAAAUUAAUUAAUUGUAGAUUGCCUCAAGCAUCUAGUCGGUAAAUUUUGAUAUACAUAAUAGUAGAACAAUUUUUUCGCUUUAUACUUAAUUUUUAUAUAUAUAUAUAUAUAUAUAUAUUUCUUAUUUAUUAAACAGAAAAUGAUAGGUUCAAUCAAUAAUUAUUGUCCUAGCAAAGUAUCUCCAAUAUUCUAUGAAUCAUCGAAUGUUUGAAUACUCAAGUUUUAUAAAUAUUGCAUGAAAAUGUAUAAGAACUCAGCUGAUUUAAAAUAUAUAUAUUACAUAUUAGUAUGCUGAAAUCACUUUUUCAGUCAUUUUAAAUUUUGAUAUUAAAUGAUCACACUUUAAAACAAUAAAGUUUUGGUGUGAAAAGUGUAGAUCGAAUUGAAUCUCAGCUCUAGGACCUCUUUCUUAUAUUAGGAAUUGUAAAGUUUGGGCAAUUCGAAUAAAUUUUAAGAGUUUUCCAAACUCUCAAUGAUCAAAAUAGUUGGAUUUCCAAACAAAUAUAGUCCAAUAAAAUAUGAUUACUCUAACACCAUUCUAAACUUGGUACAUUUUUAUUGCUAAAAAUCGUGUUAUAAAUUGUUUUCUUUAUUAUUAUUAUUAUUAUUAUUAUCGUAUUUAUUAACUAGUAGCUUUAAGUGUUGUAUUUUUUUAUAGUUUAGGAUAUUUAUUGGAAGAAAAUGCGUUUUUUUUUGUAUAUGUGAGGAGUUUAGAUGAUUUUAAUGAAUGUUUUUCUCUAUUAUACCCUUGCACCCUUAUCUUCCUAGGUAUGUCGAAUACUUCCCAGCCCCCUUCUUCCCAGUGAUAAAUAAAUAACCCUUAACGCAGCUAUUUAUUGUUGUAAUGUAUAGUCUAUUAAUUUAACAUUAUCGAAUCGUUUUUAACCAUUGCGAUAUUAUUAAUUAAUUAUUAGUAAUGAAAUUUGACUAGUCAUUUUUAUUGUCUUAUUAAAAUAAUUGUGAAUAAACUUAAAGAGAUUUUUUGUCUUUUCAUUUAUGGUCUUUCAAAUUUCUAGCACAAUAGUGGCAACACGCAUUCAAUAGGUUUUGCUAAUGAGAAAACUCCUCGUUUAAUUAAUAAUCCCAAAUAAAAAACUAAUUAAUUAUUGUUCAAAUAUAUAAGGAAUAGAGGCAAGUAAAGGUGAAUUGUCAAGAUAACUUGCUUAAAUGAAAUUGUGUCCAGAAACUUAAGAGACCUUUUCGAAAAGCCAUUUUCUCCUAAAUUAUUUACAAGAAUUGUAAGAAACUCAGAGAAAAAUAAAAAAAUCAUUUGUA